AUGAAUUUAUCAGGGAAGAUUAUUCUCAGAGACUUAAUCUGCAAGCGUCAUGGAAGGAAGCAUGGGCAUGAAGAGAAGAAAAAGAGUGUUGCCACCAAAUCAACUAUUGUUGAGUCAGAAGGUGAAGAUGAAGAAGAAGAAGAAGAAGGAGACAAACAUCAAAAUAAUAUUGCAUUAUUUUCUAGAGUUGUCUCUAACACGAUGCGAAGAAGCAAGAAUAAUAGAAGAGGCAAAUCAAGUUCUAGAAAAGGUAAUGAAAUAGGUGAGCAGAAAAAUAAUGAUAGAAAAUGCUACGAAUGCGGAAAUUAUGGUCACAUCCAAGCCAACUGUCCAGAACUAAAAAGAAAACUAUCCAAGGGCAAUCGGAAGAGAAAAUCUUCCAGCUUAUGGGGUGAUGAAUAUAUGCCAGAUAAUGAUCAUAGUGGAGUUGCCAACCUUUGUUUCAUGGCACAAAGUGAAACAACUAGGAAAAGAAAAUCUUUUGGUGCCUGGAGUGAUGAAGAUAUAUCAGACAACGAUCAUGAGGAAUCUACAAGCAACCGCUUCAUGAACCCAAGUGAAACAAAACAAGCUUUAGAGGAUAUGAGAAAAAUUCUUGAUGAGCUCAAGAAGACUAAACGGGAGAAGAUGAACUGGGAGACCCAACUUGAAGAAUAUAAUAAGUUAAAAAAGGAAAAGGAAGAGUGGGAUAUUCUACUCGAAGAUUAUCAGGAUGAAAAUGACUUACUUCAAGAAGAAAAUGCGGAACUUCGCAAACAAAUGAAUAGUUGGCACAAAUCUUCCCGUCAUCAUUUUGAUCGACAGAACAAGCGGUCUCAUUUUCUUAAUAACUUCAAGUUGACUGAUAAGGGAUCUACUAGUAGACGCCCUACCUCAAACAAGUCGACUCAGAAAAGCUUCAAGUCGACUAAGGCACCUGCUGGAAUUCCUUAG